CCCAAGCAAGGGCGCUGCACGCCAGGCGGAAGGGAGCGGGGUCUUAUCGAGGAGGAGGCCCUGUUCACGCGCGUCGCAGGGGCUGCGCGUGGGGUUGCCGCUCGGAGCCCGGCUCGGGCUGUGUGACCCAGGCAACUUCCAGGGGAACACUUGACCUGAUAUGGCUUUGAUUAACUUACAAAGUUUCCAGUUUUAUUCUUCUAGUGUUCGCACAUGCAGGUCCCUGGGAACGCUAAGAAAAACCUUGAACCACCUUAGUGAUCCAGGCAGACAGCUAAGGUCAUGGUGCUGUGGUUCCUCGGUCUUUGGCACAGUACUUUCAAGGAUUAGGUUUCAGUAUGUGUUUUGUAGAAACUACCAUGCAGAACCCUGGAACCAGCCUAACUCCAUUAUGGGAACUGUGCAUCUUCACAGAGAUGCUGGGAACCGUUCUAAAUCUGAUGGCAAAUGGAUGGAUGAACAAAAUUUUUUCAUGGAGCUGAACAGCUUGAAUUCAUCCAAUGAGCUUUUUAAAUUUUUGAGUUCUUUAGAAGUUAUAUCUGACACCAUGGCAGCAGCAGCUUUACAGAGGAUCUGUGAAUUUGAAGUGGCUGACAGUGGAUUGAAGAAUCCUGAAGCCAUAUUGGGGAAUGAAGUCUUCAGGGCAUUAUGCUUUCAGUUUGAACAUGAAUCACAAAAGCUGUCAGACACUGGUCUCAUGACUGCUUUGCAGGCUUUGAUAAAGUUGCGUGUAGAUCCCUGGAGUACUCUGAUUGUGCGUUUGGUAUCGGAGAGCCAGGAACGGCUUGAUAAGGGACAAUUAACUAUUAGAAACCUGUGUAUUCUUGGAGAAAGCGUGCUUGAUUUGGAAGGCCCAGGUUGUACAAUGCUGGAACAAAUUGUGAACCAAGUACAAGGAAAAAAGGUUGAAGAAUGGACCACUGAGGACAUAGCAAUGGUUUAUGGAAUGCUGCAGAUGAGUAUUACAGAAGGAGGACAAUACCAAGACUUGUUAAACCACAUGAACAACAUCACUUUAACCUUAGCUCCCCAACUAAGUCCUAAAUUGAUAAGCAGAAUACUGAAGGCACUGGUUGUUCUUGACCAAACUCAGGCAAUCCCUUUAGUAAUAAGACUAUGUAAGGAUUCAGUGAGGCAUGUCCCUCGAUUCACAGAUGAUGAACUAGUAAAUGUGCUGGAAGCUUUGAUACAUUUUGGACACACUGACCAAUUCUUCACAGAAGCACUGGAAAGGCUUGUUCCCAAAUCCUCCUUCACCAUGAACCCUGAAGCAGUCAGCAAAGUCAUGCAGUACUGCUGCAGAAAGCUGAUCCGUUCUAAGCCCAUCUUCAAUGCCGUGGCAGAAAGUUUUGCUUAUAAUGCUGACAAAUACACCCCCAGACAGAUUGCUGAGUGUAUUGUUCCAUUUGGAACGCUCAAUUACCUACCACCAAGUGCUCCCUCUGUCUUCAGAAAACUUGAAAGGAUACUAAAUGCUCACUUUACUCAGUUUCAGCCUCACACCCUGCUGAAUCUGCUCCACUCAUGCACCCUUAUUGAGCGCUACCCAGUAAACUUUCUGGCAAAAAUAUUUAACCCCAUUUUUCUUCAACAGCUGCAGGCUCAAACACCAGGUUUGAACGGAUUUGUCCUCUCUCAGCUGACCCAGCUCUUUUUAACAGUUACCUUGGAGUGUCCCUUCUAUGAGGGUCCUAAACUCCUUCCAAAGUAUCGAGUAAAGUCCUUUCUCAUACCAGGCUGUUCACUGGAGUCCUCUGUGGACGUUCACCUCUACAACAGGGUGAAGACUGGACUAGUUGAUUUGCUAGGACCAAGAAUGUAUUUUGCUUCUCAUGUGUUGACACCAUAUUGCUAUACAUUAGAUAUUGAGAUUAAAUUAGAUGAAGAAGGCUUUGUAUUACCUACCACCGAAUAUGAGGAGGUGCACAGGAGACUAGCCCUGUGUAUUGAUGGUCAAAAGAGGUUUUGCCACAACAACCACAGUCUUCUAGGCACAGAAGCUAUUAAACAAAGACAUUUGCAAUUACUUGGAUAUGAAGUUGUGCAGAUUCCAUUUUUUGAGUUUGAGACUUUAGAUAACAGCAAAGAGAUAGUAGAAUAUCUGCACAAGAAAAUUUUUCCUCAUACCUACAGGCUCAACUGGUGAUACAAUAUAACAAUAAUAGACUACAGACUGGUCCACAGCACCUCUAGGUACUGUGAAGAGUAUAUUUUUUGAAUGGGAGAACCACUCUACUUUCAAAGUAACUCCUCAUAGGAUGAUUUUAGCUCCUGAAUGUGAGGCUCUCCAGUUCCUGGAUGGAUUGAUGUACAAAGAAUUAGAAAGGGCAACAGAAUGUAUUUUAUUUUGUGUGAAUAUUUACUGCAGCUGAAUAAAAAUAAUGGAAAAUGCUCGCAAAA